GCGUGGGCGUCUGGGCUCGGCCGCCGCCUCGUCCCGUGCUCCGCGCUCCGCGCUCCACGCCGUCCGCACGCUCGGCUAUUCCGCUCCGCCCGUGUCGUCCUCUCCGGAUCCCCGCGGAGUCGCCAUGGCCCAGGUUCUCAGAGGCACCGUGAGUGACUUCCCUGGAUUUGAUGACCGGGCUGAUGCAGAAACUCUCCGGAAGGCCAUGAAAGGCCUGGGCACGGACGAGGAGAGCAUCCUGACUCUGCUGACAUCUCGCAGCAAUGCUCAGCGCCAGGAAAUUGCCGUGGCCUUCAAAACGCUGUUUGGUCGGGACCUUCUGGAUGAUCUGAAAUCAGAGCUGACUGGAAAGUUUGAAAAAUUAAUUGUGGCUCUGAUGAAACCCGCCCGGCUUUAUGAUGCCUACGAGCUGAAGCAUGCGCUGAAGGGAGCUGGGACAGAUGAAAAAGUUUUGACAGAAAUUAUUGCUUCAAGGACACCUGAGCAGCUCAGAGCCAUCAAGCAAGUUUAUGAAGAAGAGUACGGCUCGAGCCUGGAGGAUGAUGUGGUGGGGGACACGUCUGGGUUCUACCAGAGGAUGUUGGUGGUGCUCCUGCAGGCCAAUAGAGACCCUGAUGCGGCCAUCGACGAGGCGCAGGUGGAGCAGGACGCACAGGCUUUGUUCCAGGCCGGGGAGCUCAAGUGGGGGACGGACGAAGAGAAGUUUAUCACCAUCUUCGGAACUCGGAGCGUGUCUCACCUGAGAAGGGUGUUUGACAAAUACAUGACUAUAUCAGGAUUUCAAAUUGAGGAAACCAUUGACCGAGAGACUUCAGGCAAUUUGGAGCAACUACUCCUGGCCGUCGUGAAAUCCAUUCGAAGCAUUCCUGCAUACCUGGCGGAGACACUGUACUACGCCAUGAAGGGUGCCGGGACGGACGACCACACCCUCAUCAGAGUGGUGGUGUCCCGGAGCGAGAUCGACCUCUUCAACAUCAGGAAGGAGUUCAGGAAGAACUUCGCCACCUCGCUGUACUCCAUGAUUAAGGGUGACACUUCGGGGGACUACAAGAAAGCCCUGCUGCUCCUGUGCGGAGGAGAAGAUGACUGAAGGCCCGCGGGAGCCCCACUGCCUCUGCCUCCAGCUGCCCUCCUCCCGCCCAGUGCUGCUGUGCCCUGCCUUAGUCACGGUCACCUGCUAGCUGAUGACCGGACCCGGCUCCUGUCCUGUCCUAGCACACGGAGAGGGGCUUCCUUCACCACCCUUCCGUGCCUUUCCGUCCUUUCUCUCGUCCUGAGCUCUACUCUCACUUGCUAGGCCUCGUGUUUGAUUUGUUACUUGCCACAAGAGGUCAGAUUGCUUUUGCUUUUUAAUUCUUUUAAUAUGAAAAACUUGAUUUAUAGUCCAUUGAUAACUGUGUUACCUUCAUCAGAACCUUAGCCUGAAAUAGUGAAGUCCUUAGAAGUGGCAUUAAUUCACUUUUUGCUACAUGAAGCCCGCAAUGGUAGUUUUGCUCAAAAGAUUAAUGAUAAAUAAUAAACACUUUGCCCCCCCAAA